AUGUCUAUGUCCCGUUUUUCAUUGUCAUUUCUUCGACGCGCGCCAAAUUUGCAAUUUUUUAAAACACAACAGCGAAUUAGGUUAGCAAAUAUUGUGACGAAACGUUUAUACUCAGCUGAAAUAGCUCCUAAUGCUAGAGCAUGUGGCUUGGAUUUGCUGAUUACAAAUCUCACUCAGGAAAGCAGCCUCGAAGGAGCUGAAAUCAAUACAGUUACAAGUGUUGAUGGUCUCAAGAAGAUUUGCUCAAAGUUGGAAAGUCCAAUAAAUGGUGAAAUUUCUGUAAAAGUUUUGGUACGUUUUGCUGAACUUGCUAAUGAAAGUUUUGGUAUUCAGAAAGCAGCAGUUUAUUUGAAGAAAACAUUGUUAGCCGAAAUGGACAAAUCAUUGAAAAGUGAAAAGCUGAAUAUGAACUCGACGCUUGAAACUAUGUGCGCAUUAAUUAUUCUCGAACUUACCCAAGAAUCCAUCUUCGAAACAUUGAUCGAUAUAUUACGACAGCAGUUUUCCACUGAUGUGUUCUCUGUUCCGGUCUCACCAUUGGUUCGUUUAGCUGCUUUAGUAAGCAUUAAAAAGAUCCGCCUGCCCGACGAUUUAUUCUGUCAGAUGAGAGAAUGGUUGCAGUUGAAGGCAAGUGAGAUCACAGAGCCAAAAGAUAUUGUUUCCGUGAUUGCAUAUUGGAAUAAAAGUGACAGUUGGUUCAACAUAUUUGUUGAAAAAGCAAAAAGCUGUAUAUCGUCGAUGUCUUCCAGUGAACUGAUUGACAUGAUGUCAAGUUUGGCAAAUAGUUCAUGCCGACCGCCCCAUGUUUUGCGUCUCAUCUGCGAUGCUUUCGAGCAGAAUAAGAAGGACGUAACGAUCGACCAGCUGGUGCUAUUAGCACAAUCAGCUGCAAAAUUGAGGUUCAUGGAUAAUAGGUUUCGGCGAAUUAUAGCUGAAGAAACUUUAACCAAUAUCAGUCGUUUCACUAAGUGGUCACAAAUUAAUGCGAUUGUUCAUUCGAUGGCGAAAUUACAUAUUGGAAAUCUUAAAACAUGGAAUGCUAUUGCUGCAUGGAUUAAUAAUAAUCAAAUGAAUGCUGCUCAAACCGAAUUAUCAUACGCUGUGCAUUGGUGUGCAAUUGGUGGCAAAGGUGAUUUAAUUCAAGAAGCCAGUGGAUAUUUGUGCGAAAAGUUGGCUUGCUCAAAUAUUGACUCACCCAAGAUGUGGCUUAGUACAGUCUAUGCUUUAGCAGCAUGCGACAGGUUAUCACCAGAACUGGCACAAACUGUCUUACAACCGUCAUUCGUCGCAAAUGUAUUAGAAGGGUUGAGUGGCUUUCGAAAACUAAUGGCUUUAAUAACCAUUGCUCAAGUACAGCAUUUUUUGAAAUCAAUAUUAAAUAAAACCUAUAAAGGACCUUCAGUGGACAUUUUGGAUCUAAUGCAGAUCUCGUCAACAACAUUGAGUGAUAUGGCUUUGAAAUUGCGUUACGGAAAGAGCGAUGAAGGUAAUGUUCGAUAUUUUCAUUCAUUGUUGCAUAAACUGGUUCCGGUGAAUUCACAUGCAUUUCCUCCUGCUCUUACUGAGGAUGGAAUUUUUAUUAAUGCAAUCAUCAAGCUUGAUGUUAAAGGGAAUCGUUUUGUUCCGCUGAGCCAUUUUGAGGAAACGAAGGUACCUCGUUUGGCUGUAAUUUAUCUCUCCUGGAGAGAUCGCACUUUACCGUAUGAUGAUGACGAUAAGAGCACUCUGAUGGGACCAGCUUUGUUAAAUAUGCGCUUACUGAAAGCCAGAGGGUUUAUUCCUGUAUUAUUUUCGCAAGAUGAUUUCGAUUCUAACGCGUCAUUGAAGCAGCAGUUCAUCCGUAUUAAAACAAAACUUGAAGAAGCCUUAAAUGACAAUGGAAUUAGAUAG